AUGGCAUUUGUAGAUCCCUUUCUUUUGACAGUCACCCUCGUCAUGACUAUCCUUUUGGUUGUGGGAAAUAUAUAUUUUGUUGCAAAAUACGCUCACCCAGCUGACUCCUCAUUCGAUUUCAAGGUAGUCGCAUUUGUUUGCGCUGAGUGCUAGAUUCUAUUGUUGCCCUUAGACGUGUCUAAUUUCAGGAAUGGUACAAAUGUUGACAUGAAAAUAUUUUGGUACAUCAUCUAUAUGACUGCAGCCUUUUUUAUCAUCAUAAUUUUACCUUUCGCCUUAUUUUUCUAUGAAUCAGAUGAGGACAAAACAUUUAAACUCAGACUCUGGACUGCUUUAAAGUAUGAGAUUCUGCUAAUUGUGAUUGUCAGUAUCAUUUUGUUUGGAUCAUUUGCGGGACUCAGAUACGCUCAGCUGCCAUUGGUGGCCAACACUUGCAGAUUCACUUUCACAGACUCUUCUCAAUUCUUUUUGGCUGAGAUCAAUUCAAGUACCUCUGGAUGUGUGAGAACAGAUGAGCAACUUUAGAUUACUGUAUCAUUUCCAAUAUACCUAAUUGGAAUCACCUGCUGGUUCGGAUGGUUUUUCCUAAUCUUCUUUUUGGGGUCUGGAUUGUCAGCUCUUCCAAUUGAUCUGAUCAACUAGUUCAGAUUUAGACCUUAGCCCAUGAAUGAACAAGAAUUCAAUAACUGUAAGCAUGAAUUAGCAAAGAAAGUUGAGCGUCUUCUUCAAAUCGGCAAGUCCUUGCUUGAAGAUAAGCAGAGAUCAGAUUCAAUGAGUGGAUUUGGUGGAUGGAGAGAAAGAAGAGCAGUUGGUAGGAGACAAAACGAGUUCGAGGCAAACUGUAUUCUGGCAGAAAAGGAAUUCUAGAGACUAGACAAUACAGCUCAGUUUAGGAAUAAAGUUGAGCCUUUGCUCUAUUACUUCAAAUUGUUAUUAGGAAUGUGUUCAAUAGUGAUUUCUCUCAUUUUCGUGAUACAUUUGUUCAUCUAUCUACUUCUGAAUAUCAAUGACAGACCAGUGCAUCCUUUCAUCAAUAACUUGCUGGAGUCACUUGAGAACUCGAAGGCAAGCGUGUUUUCCACAGUUCUCUUUGCCUUCAUUGGGUAUUACUUCAUGUUUGCUGCUAUAAAGGGUAACGUGAGAAUAGGAAUGAGAUGCUUCUGUUUUACUUUUUACCCCUUGAUGCCUAAUGAGACAUUUGUUAAUUCUUUUAUCUUCAAUGCUUUGAUUAUGAACAUUUGGAUGUUCUCACUGAUUUAGUUCCUUACAGACAUGUUCAAAGAUUAUGUUAGACAGACUAGCAUAAGCAUGAUUUUCUCAGUCUAGAUAAAGAAUAUGAACUUCUACCAAUACUUUUUGAGACAUAAUGUGUUUAUCUAUGUUUUGACUGGUUGGUUUUUCAUAAGUCUUGUGUAUUUCAUCCUCAAACCUGUGGAAAGAAUCAAUGUUGGCCAACAGCUCAAGAAGAAAGAUCUUGCUGCAAGAGCUUGA